AUGUCUGUCCUGCUAGAAACAACUGUCGGUGACAUUGUCAUUGACCUGCUCACUGAUCACGCUCCCAAGCUCUGCGAAAACUUCUUGAAGCUCUGCAAGGUCAAAUACUACAACUUCUCGCCCGUUCACUCCGUCCAAAAGAACUUUUCCUUCCAAACCGGCGAUCCCCUUGGUCCUCUCUCGAAAGAAUCUGAUGGCGGCUGCUCAAUAUGGGGCCUCCUGUCGGGCGAUCCGGCCAAGCGCACAUUCACAGCUGACUUUCACCCCAAGCUGAAGCAUCUGGAGCGAGGCACUGUGAGCAUGGCGACGGUACCGCUGGCCUCAGACCCGGACACGAGGGUCGCGGCAUCGCAAUUCAUCGUCACGCUGGGCGAAGAGACGGAUUACCUCGAUGGCAAGGCGGCCAUCUUCGGCAAGGUCGUGGAGGGCUUUGAUGCGCUGGAGAAGAUUAACGAAGCCAUGGUCGACGAUAAGCAGUAUCCAUUUGUCGACAUACGCAUCAAGCACACAGUCAUUCUCGAUGAUCCCUAUCCGGAUCCUCCCGGUCUGAGAGAACCUAGCUCCAGCCCUCCCCCUUCAGACGAGCAAUUGCGAACGGUGCGAAUCGCCGAUGAACAAGAACUUCACGAGAACGAUGACGUAGACGAGGAGGAGCUGGAAAAGAGAAGGCGGGAGAGAGAAGCCAGGGCGCAAGCCUUGACACUCGAACUGAUGGGCGAUCUUCCCUUUGCUGAGGUGAAGCCUCCAGAGAACGUCUUGUUCGUGUGCAAACUGAACCCCGUCACGCAAGACGAAGACCUGGAACUCAUCUUUGGUCGCUUCGGCAAGAUUCUCAGCUGCGAGGUCAUCCGCGACCAGAAGACGGGAGAUAGUCUCCAGUACGCUUUUAUAGAAUACGAGGACAAGGCAUCGUGCGAACUCGCAUACUCCAAGAUGCAAGACGUGCUCAUCGAUGAUCGACGAAUUCACGUCGACUUCUCACAGAGCGUCAGCAAGCUCAGCGACGUCUGGAGGAAUGACACUAACAACAAACGGAGAGCAAGGGCGCGGGGAGGAUGGGGUGGCGUGCAGGAGCUCGAGAAACGACGGCAGUAUCGAGAAGAGGAUGAGAGGAGUUCUGGUAAGAAUUACAAUAUGGUGUAUAGCAAGGACGAGAUGAAGGGGAGACACGACGAUCGAGGCUCCAAUGGCCGGAGAAGUGAG